AGAACCCUCCAGCUGGCUCACACCAGGGAUGCCAGGGAUGCAGCUCCUGUGGGGGAAUAUCCCUGUAUGUUGCUAUUUUAAGUGUGGCUUCUUCCAGUUUAAUUCGUGCAGGAAAAUCCUGGGCUCCGUAUUCUGGACUUUGGAGCAGUGCUGAUGUCACAGGACCCAUUGCAGAAGAAACCCUCCAGACUGGGAGGGUUAAAGAUGAAGUGGGGCAUGCACCUCAAAUUUGCUUGAGUGGUAAGAGAGCGAGAAAAAGUAUGGAAAAGACUCCAGAUGGUGAUGCAGCAACUGUACAGCUCAGGAUGGCACCUGGACAGUCCCUUGGAAGCAGGAGAGCAGUCCCCUGGGAACCAGCCUGCUCUCCCAGGGGCACAGCCACUGUGUCCCAGCACAGGGUGUCCUGGUGUCCUGGUCAUCGGGGGAUUCCAGGCUGUGGAAGCACUGGGAUGGAAGGCAGCUGCCCUGGAGCACCUGGCACACGGGAGCCUCGUGCCAGCUGUUGCCCCUGUGAGGGCUCGCCAGGUCAGAGAGGUUGUACUGGAUUUAUCAAGAACGUGGCUCGGUGAUGUGGCCGAGCAGGAGGAUCCCAGCAGCCUGAGAGGAGCAGGUCUGCAAGGUGCUGAGCUGUCCCAGCUGGUGUUUUGUGGGUGUGCACCAAUUUAGGCAGCAGCUCUACAUCUGUCUGUCUCCAGCACAGCUGGUAGGAGCCCAGUGUGGGUCCCCCAGCCCACCACAAAGCCAGAACCAGCGUCCCACCCCAAACCCAGCCCCUCAUCCCUGUAACUGCUGCAGCCUGAGUGGAGAACGGAUCAGAAGCCCAUUCCCUGCUGCUUUUCAAAACCAGCAGGCUUCAGGACCACCAAACCAGAAGUAUUUUUCUGAAAUACAUCAGGCACAGUAACAGUGCCAGGAUAGAUGAAAACAUGAACUUGCGGGGGGAAACGUGGGGAUGCUGCUGAGGCAGCUGGUGUUGGUGUGCCUAGGGUGGGUUCAUGUGGGAGCAGAGGCAUGGAAGUGGGUUCCCAGGCUGCGGCACAUGAAGGAAAGGUCUGCAGAGAGAGAGAGACCCACAGUUUAGGUUUGUCCUCCCAGCCUGACCUGUGCCUCCUAGGCAGCUUCCUGGAAAAUAAACAACUGAUAUUGUUUAUCAAGCAUAAUUGCAAAUUGGGAUAAUUUCUGAGAGCAGACCUAGAGACUGAAGGGAGCUGUUGCUGAACGUCAACAUCAUUUCAGCAGCUCUGUUAGUCCCAGCAAUUAGUUCCAACCAUUUGGAAAAAGCCAGUGGGAAAGUUUUCAUUUUGGCAUAACUUAGUGAUAAAAGUUAGUGAUAAACUCAUUUUCACACGGACAAGCACUGCUUUUGUAGUCACUUACAAGGCUCCUCUCCAGCUGCUGGAGGGGAGGGAGGCAGUGUUAUUUAUCUCCUGGGCUAGGCACAGUGUGCCUUGUGAGAGGGGAAAAUCAGUCAGUCAUGAGCUUUUGUGGAUAGGACAGCUUUGGUCACUGCCAUGGGCUGGCUAGCACCUGGCAGGCAGUGUGGGCAGCAGGUGGUGUGGGCAGCACACCCCAGGCUCCUGCUCCUGACCAGUGUGAAACACCUGCUGCUUGGACUUACUUCAUUUCACUGCCCAGUGAGCUGUCCUGGGCUGCUCUUUGGAGCUGCAGCUCCCACCUGUGCCUUGAGCACCGACACCAAAUCCUGCCCUGGGCUCUGCUAGGUGCAGGAGCUCCCCACUCCCUGACACAGACCUCAGCUUUAUGCCACUCAAGGUCUGUACAGGGGCUCUGGAGGCUGCACUUUAAGUAAUGGAUGCAUUUGCCCACUCUUAGCAUUUAUCAGUCCCAGUUUGUUGUCCAGGUCCAUCCAGGUGUCUUUGCAGAGGCGAACAGGGGCAGGUUUGGUUCUUUUCCUCCCUGCCAGCUCGGGGACCUCUCUCCCUGCUGGUCCAGCUGUCCGGGGCUCCCUGCCCGCAGCAGCUGCCCCACGCCCACAGGGACUCCUCCCAGCUUUCCUUCCCGCUCCGAGUCCUGGCUGCUGCAUCCCCGUGUAAGCAGGGGUGGACUCUUUGCCCUGUUACCCUCGAAGCACCCAAGCUCCCAGCUCUGAGCUGCUAGAUGGAAUUCAGCUGUGACCAAUUCACGUGGCAGGCGAGACGCAGGAAGCUCGGCGGAGGAGAGGGAAGACCCUCCCUUUAAAGGGGGAGGAGGCAGCAGCUUUUUGCCUGCAGAGCAAACGAGAGGUCUUGAUCCACUCCUGCUUUCAGUUUCAUUUCCCACCAGUGCCCUCCUUGCUCUCAGCCCUCUCUCGAGGCUCAGGCGCCAUGGCCGAGGCGGGUGCUGUGGCCAAGCUGAAGGACGAGCUGACCUGCCCCAUCUGCCUGGACAUUUACAGGAACCCCGUGUCCCUGGGGUGCGGUCACAGCUUCUGCGAGGAGUGCAUCCAGAAGGAUCAGAAAUGCCAGCAGGGCUCUUCCAAGUGCCCGCUCUGCCUUUCCCCUACAGGCCCCACCGGGGAGCUGAAGCCCAACUUCCAUCUCCGCAACAUAGCGCAGAACUUUUUGGAUGCUUGUGUUCAUCAAGAGGAAGAAAAGCAGAAAGUGCAAUGCAAAGAGGAGGAGGAAAGUUCAGACCAGCAAGAGGAGGUGAUCCUGUGUGAUUUCUGCCUUCAGGAGCCCCAUCCAGCCGUGAAGACUUGCCUGACCUGCGAGGCCUCCCUGUGCCAAGCCCACCUGAGCAAGCACAGCGCAAAGAACACCCAGACCCACGUCCUGGUGGAGCCCUGUGGUGCCCAGGUUUUGGCUGAGAGGAAAUGCCCCCAGCACGGCAAAUUGCUGGAAUGCUACUGCGAGAUGGACAAGGUCUGCAUCUGCAUGCUGUGCUCUGUCCUCAGCUCCCACAGGGAGCACAAGAUCAUCAGUUUGGAGGAGGCUUUUGCCCAAGCACAGCGUGUUUUUCCCGAAACUCUAAAAGAGGUGAAAAACUAUGAAGCUGCGCUGGAUCGAAGCAUAGCAAACCUGCUGGAACAAGCGGAGGAAGUAAAGGUUAAGGAGGGUCUGCAGUGGCAACGGCUGGAGAGCCUAUUCAAAGAGAUCAGUCUGCAGCUAGAGAAAAAAAAACGUGAGAUCCUGAAAGCUCUCAGUGACUAUGAGAACCAACAAAUUUCUCGGAUUCAUAUGGAGUUAAAGAACCUCAGAGAGCAGAAGCGUUCAGCCAGCCGUGAUGUUCAGGAGCUGGAGGCUCUGAGAAAUCAGACAGAUAUACUUCUUUUCACCAGGGCUUUUACAGCAAUUCAAACCAGGGAACGGAAGCCUGUUCCUAUCACGGAUGGUGUGAAAGUGCCAAACCCACCUAUUGCUUUGGAUGAAUCAAAAACACGCAAUGUUCUCUCCCUUUUCCAGCAAUUCCUUUCAAACAUGGAGUCCUCAAUUAAACCACCACCUGUUGUGCGGUUAUCAGGUCCUCACAGCGGUACAGGUGGACCCCAGCAUCCACAUUACCAAACUAUUUUUAUCCCUGCCUCUGGCUUCUCUUUUGGCUGUAACUCCUCCCAAGGCAGCUCUUCAAAUCCUGCUUUUUCCUCUACCACUGCCUUCUCGUUUGGCUCUAGCUCUUCAAAUCCUGCUUUUUCCUCUACCACUGGCUUCUCGUUUGGCUCUAGCUCUUCAAAUUCUGCUUCUUCCUCUACCACUGGCCUAUUUGGCUCUAGCUGUUCAAAUACUAGCUUUGGUGGGUUUUCUCAGAAAUUCAAAACUUUCCAAAGUGGCUGCCAGGGCGUCCAGGAACUGUCGGAGGGUGGAGCCGGGGGAGGGAACAUCUCUCUCCGUGAGGGGAGCGGAGAGGAAGUACUUGCAGCGUCUGGGCUGGGUCUCCCGCCUUGUCAGUUUCGUUUCUCGCAGCCUGGGUUAGGCGCCCUCGCUGCGGCCAUGGAAAAAGCUAGUGCAGAAUUUGAAGGGGGUGCCAGCCUGGAGGCCGAACUCACGUGUUCCAUCUGCCUGUGCCUGUACAAGGACCCAGUGUCGCUGAGCUGCAGUCACACCUUCUGCCAGCAGUGCAUCAAGAAGGUGCUCACAGACCAGAAACAAUCGCAGGCUCCUUUAACCUGCCCCCUGUGCAGGCUCCACCUGGGGCCCAACCUGGAGCUGCAGAAGAAUUUCCACCUGUGCAACAUCGUGAAGGCAUUUCAGGCCAAGACUUCUGAAGAAAAACAGGGCAAGGGCUCUGAAGAGGGGGAGACAGAGGUGUUCCCCUGUGAGUACUGCCUGGAUGAGACCCAGCCAGCGGUGAAAACCUGCCUGGUCUGCGAUGCGUCCUUGUGCCAGGCCCAUCUGAACAAACACAACUCCAAGGCUUCCUACCAGGACCACAUCCUGGUGGAGGUGAGAGCGGGCGGUGUGGCGGAGGAGAGGAGGUGCCCGGAGCACGGCAGGAUGCUGGAAUGCUACUGCAGCCGCGAGGAGCAGUACAUCUGCGUGCUCUGCGCCAUCAGGGGGGCCCACGUGAACCACGAGGUCCUCACCCUGAAGGAGGGACAUGACAAGCAGCUGACUAAACUCCUGAACAAGAUGACAUGGCUGCAGCAAUAUGAAAGGGCCUUAGUUACGGCCCUAGAAGAUCUUCAGAAAAGUGAGAAUCAGAUCAAGACCAAUACAAAGACAGUGACUUCUCAGAUACAAAAGCUGUUUGAUGAGAUAAAGACAGAGUUGAUUAAGAAAGAGAAGAAGAUCCUGAGUGACAUUCAAUCGAAUGAGAAAAAACAACUGGCAUACACUGACUACUUGAAGAAGAAUAUGGAACAUAGGAGAGAGGAGGUUGAGCAGAAUCUUCAGCUUUUGCAGAAGCUGAGAGAGCAACAAGAUAUUUUCCUCUUCUUCAAGGAAUUUCAUGUAGCAAUACUGGCCACAGACAGGAUUGCGCGCCAGAAUUCGAACAUUUACAGGGCAGAUGUGGUGGUGGUGGAGGAGAAGGAUGGCGUCGGGGUUCGCCGCUACCAAGACAAGAUACGGGACUCCAUGAAGGAACUGGACUGUAUCUUCUGGGAACUGCAAGAUAAACUCACCAAACAAAUGAAGUGUAACAGUGGGGCUUUGGUACCUCUUCAAACUCCUGUGUUAGAAAAUACUGUUUAUUCCUCAGGACUCUGGCUUGGUGCUGUGAGCCUUACAGAGAAAAUCUCUCACCUAAAAAUGUGAACAGCAUUUUGUUGCAUGCAUCUCCUCUCCUUGCCAGAGGUGAACCAGCAGACGUGCAGCCUCAGGGCACAGCUCUCAAAAUCUGCACUGGGCAGAAAUCUCUGGGAACUCACCAGAGAAAUCAUUUACCUUCAGCCUGAGGGAGACACUGGGUUUGCUUCAGCACUCAGUAAAAGUCUGAGCCUGUUCCAAGGAAAGACCACAGAGGGGUUCCCACCAACUGAGCAGAAGCUGGAGCAAACCCAGUGCCUGAAAGGAUUCCCAGACAAAUCCAAAUGCUGCAGGAGAUAUGAAAUGUGUGAACAGUAUUUCUCUUAAGACAGCACUAGUCCAAUGCUCAAAUAUAUUUCUGCUGGGCACAGUGGUGCAUCUUUUCUCCUAGCUUUUUUGAAUAAAUGUUACUUAGAAGUUAUAUAAAAGAUUUUUUAAAUUUUUUUUUUUUUGUUGCUGAAACUGCAGUUUGCAAACAAGUUUUUCUUAAGCCAUAAAUUUUAAAGAAAAUCCUACUUUCUUCACCACUGUGGCAGUUUGAGCUGUUUGGCAGUUUUUAAUUUUUGGAGCAAAUCUAGAGGUAUAUUUUUUAAUCAGUGUACAUGUCCAUUCAUUUGUCUUGUGAGCUCAGUCUUCUACAGUCUUCUACAGGCUGUGCUCUAUAUAGAAUGAGACAGCUACUCAAAAUGGGAGAGAAAAUAAAUAUAGUUUUCUGAGGCAAUGCAAAGCUCUACUUGGCAGCAACUUGUCAAGUAUGUUAUUAACACAGCAAUAAAAUAUGCCUAUUAUUACAGUAAGUGAAA